AUGCCGCCCGCCGCCACGACGGCGACAGAGAGCGCUUCGACUCGUCGGACGCCUUCGUCCAGCGAGGGAGAGGCACACGGCGAAAACUCUCUUCCUCUCGCUCGUGAAGAACUCAACUUCGUGACGAAGGAAACAGACAUCGUCUACGAGCAAGAGCUGCAGAGAGAUCCUUUCCAAGUCAAAGUCUGGGUCGGCUACCUCAACUCAAAGAAGGAUGCACCGCCUUACACACGGUUUCUGCUGUACGAGCGCGCACUCCGCGGCCUCCCGGGGAGUUACAAACUCUGGUUUGCCUAUUUGAAGGAGCGCGUUGCAGCCUUGUCGGCGUUUGACCCUCUGGAGAAUCCCGCGCCGUUCGAAGAGACGAACUUCGUGUUUGAACGCGCUCUCGUCCACCUCAGUCGGAUGCCGAAGAUCUGGCUGCUCUUUGCCGACUUCUUGAAGAAACAGAAACUCAUCACACGCACUCGACGUGCCUUCGACAGAGCCCUCCAGAGCCUCGCCGUUACUCAACACGACCAGAUAUGGGACAAAUACAUCGAAUUCGUCAAGGAGGUGGGCGUGGUGGAGACGACGAUUCGGGUGUAUCGGCGGUGUUUGAUGCUUCUUCCGGAGAAAGUCGAGGACUUUAUUGCAUAUUUACAGUCUCCCGAGGUUGGCCGCUACGACGACGCGGCGAGCCUGCUGGCGGAGGUGGUCAAUGACGAGAGUUUCCAAACAGGGCGAACCAAGCACGAGCUGUGGCUAGACCUAUGCGACUUGGUUUGUCUCCAUCCGCGCGAAAUCAAGAGUCUCCGCGCCGAGGCAGUCCUUCGCUCGGGGAUCAGCCGCUUCUCGGACCAGGUUGGGAAACUCUGGUGCGCUCUCGCCUCGCACUUCGUGCGGCUCGGCCAGCUCGAGAAGGCGCGAGACGUCUUUGAGGAGGCCUUGCGUGGUGUACGUACACUCCACGACCUCGCGCUUGUCUACGACGCCUUCGUGCAGUUUGAGGAGACGCUGCUCGCCGCGAAAAUGAAGGAGCUCGAGGAGGACGACGAAGAGGGAGAGGAAGAGCGCGCGUCGAAGAAGGGUAGAGGCGCGGCGCUGGAUGACGAGGCGCGACGGGAGAGGAAGAAACGGAGAAAGGAGAAGAAGAAACAGAAGAGCGAGGAGAUCGAUUUCCUCAUGACGCGCCUUGAGUUCCUCACGGAACGAAGACCGAUCCUCGUCUCGAGCUGCAAACUCCGACAGAAUCCCCACAACGUCCACGAAUGGCUUACCAGAGUCGACCUCUUCAAAGGAGACUCUGCAAAGGAAGUGGAAACUUUCAGCGAAGCAGUGGCGACGGUGGAUCCGCAGCAAGCUGUGGGCCGCGCGUCCGUGCUGUGGAUCGCCUUUGCGCGCUACUACGAAGACCGCGGGGACCUCCCGAACGCUCGGCUUAUAUUCGAGAAAGCGACGAAGGCGCCGCUUCGGACAGUCGACGACCUGGCGAGCAUUUGGUGCGAAGCAGUCGAGAUGGAGCUCCGCCACGAGGCGUGGCAGCGCGCGCUGGAACUAGUCCGGCGCGCCAUCAACCGGCCGAGGGAGGUCGACGCCGACAGUGCCCAAGCCAAGUUGUUCCGCAGCGUGAAGCUCUGGAGUUUGGCGGCGGAUGUGGAAGAAAUGAUUGGCACGCCGGAGACCGUUCGUCUGUGCUACAACAAAAUGUUCCAGCUGAAGGUUAUCACGCCGCAGCUGGUGAUCAACUACGCCCACUUCCUGGAGGAACACCGUUUCUUCGAAGAGUCCUUCAAGGUGUACGAGCGCGGGAUCGCAGCAUUCUGCUGGCCGCACUUGAACGACUUGUGGCUGAUGUAUCUGACGAAGUUCGUCUCGCGCUACGGCAGUUCGAAGCUGGAGCGCGCCCGGGAGCUUUUUCAACAGGCCACGGCGUCGGUUCCCGCCGCGCAUGCAAAGCGGCUCUUUCUCCUCUACGCGAAACUCGAGGAAGAAUUUGGUCUCGCCAAGCACGCCCUGACGAUCUACCAGGCCGCGACCAAAGCCGUCCCUGAGGACGAGAAACUCGACAUGUACCUCAUCUACAUUGCGAGGACGACCGAGCUUCUGGGCGUUGCCCGGACGCGGCAGAUCUACGAAGAGGCGAUCGAGAAUCUGCCCGAAAAACAGGCUCGAGACAUGUGCUUGCGAUACGCCGCAGUGGAGAAGGGAUUGGGCGAGAUCGACCGCUGCCGCGCAAUCUACGAGCAUUGCUCGCAAAUGUGUGACCCGAGCAGAGAUCCAGAAUUCUGGAAGGCUUGGAAGGACUUUGAAGUUUCUUACGGCAAUGAAGAAACGUUUAAAGAUAUGCUCCGCAUUAAGAGAAGCGUGCAGGCUCAGUACAGCCAGGUGCACCAGAACGUCUCAGAGCUCGCGGACUCGGACGUGUCUUCGGCGUUGAAUCCGUUGGCCGCCGCUGAAAAGGAGUUGAAGGAAGAAGAGGAGGCGAAAAGGAAGAUGGAGAUGCGGGAGAAGGCUCUCGAAGAGCAACUGUAUCUGAAGAAGAAGAAGGAACUCGACGACGCAGAAAUCGCACAGGCCGAAGAAGAGUUCAGGCGGGUUCAAGACAUGCGGGCGAGGGCCCGCAUGCUUGCGUCUCUUCCCCCAGACGCGCCUUUCUUCGUGGCCGUUGCUGGUUUCCAGGGAGUUCGACCGGGGUACCUCUUUCACAGAGGAGCGCAAGGUGUGGGGUACUAUCUGGACGGGCGGCAAGUCGGCAACGAUUUUGCCUCCGCGCGCGAGAAGGCCUUCGUGGCUGAGGCGCGCGCCGGCGGAGCCCGAAGCGAGGGCGGAAAAGGCGAUCGCGAGCGAGGCGGCGAAGAACUCGACAUCGAUCUGGAGGGAGACGUGCCUGACGAAGUCUUUGGCAAUCUCGCCGCCGAGGCAAAGAAAAUGCGCGAGAACAAAGAGUAG